UCAGUGUUCUUGGAGACAAUUAUGUACAAGAAAUCGUUAGGACAGAUCAAAGUAUUAUAGAAGAUUCAACUUUGGAUACCUUCACACUUAUUCGUAAAUAUGGCUAUCCUUGUGAGAUACAUAGAGUGUAUACAGAAGAUAAAUAUAUUUUGGAAAUGCACAGAGUACCUCAUGGCGUAAACAAAACAACUAAUAUCAAGCGGCCAGUUAUAUUUCUCCAACAUGGCUUACUUUCAUCCUCAGCGGAAUGGGUACUUAUGAGACCUGGGAAGGGACUUGCCUAUAUUCUAGCCGAUGCAGGUUAUGAUGUGUGGAUGGGAAACGCCAGAGGCAACACCUACUCUCGGCAUCACGCUUCCAUAAAACCUACGCAAUCAUCAUUUUGGCAGUUUAGUUGGCACGAGAUAGGUUACUACGAUCUACCAGCUAUGAUAGAUUAUAUCCUCAAAGAAACAGGUGUCGCUAACAUCCAAUAUAUUGGAUUCUCUCAAGGCACAACAGCUUUCUGGGUAAUGGCAUCUACGAGACCGGAAUAUAACAAUAAAAUAUCAGCCAUGCAUGCUCUAGCUCCUAUCGCGUUUAUAAGUCACAUAAGAAGCCCUCUUAUAAAAACUCUUGGACCCUUCACAAAUUCCGUUGAAGUAGUCAUGAAAAUGCUAGGUGCCAACGAAUUUUUGCCUAAUGGUAAAAUAAAUGAAUUAGCCGGAGAAAAGUACUGCUUAGAAGAGGCUCUGACACAAGUUUUAUACAAUGUUGCCAGUGGUACUUGGACAUACUCCUGCCGGCGCAUCGACGAAGCAAAUAAUCCACUUCGGUCAGCUGUAUAACUCAAACAAAUUUGUCCAAUUCGAUUAUGGAAGGUUCAAGAACAAACGUAUCUAUGGCAGUAGGAAACCGCCGUCAUAUAA